AUGUCGAAGUCGUCUUUCGAGACGAAUGCAUCGCUUGCAAUUCGCUUCAGCUUGCCUCCAAAAAAAGAGGCCACCUUCCCGUCCGGACGGCAGACACGACAUCAUCGCAUCGUCUCAUCAGCACCUCAAAAGCAUUCACAACUCAAUCCUGCUGCCGUGCGACUCCGAAUCACACUCGCGACUCUACUGGCAACACUUUACUUGGUUGGCCAAGUACUCUAUUGCCAGUCAGUCUAA